UUCCGGCAGGUGGGCGGUCUGGCAACACCUCGACAAGAACAACCAGCUGGGCGGGUGCUUAAAUUCUAUUGCGCAACAGUGAGAAACCCAAAACAUAAGCCACACACAGAGACAGACAGCCGAUCAAAAUGCAAGCCCCAAUUCAAAGGUUGGUGUACACAUUCGGUCAACGCACCUGCAGCCAACUGCCGCUGAUCGGCGGAGUAGCGAUAUCCAACACAAAACCAACGACAAUGGCAUACUCCGCCCGCCAAUCCUCCUCCUCCGUACUGGCUACGGAGUCCUCCAACAAGGGAAUGAUAAUCCUUAACCGUCCCAAGGCUCUAAACGCUAUAAAUCUGGAAAUGGUACGCAAGAUCUACAAGCAUCUGAAGAAAUGUGAAAAGUCCAAGUCGCUUGUGAUUAUCAAGGGCACGGGCGAGAAGGCCUUCUGUGCCGGCGGCGAUGUGCGCGCCCUCGUCGAGGCGGGCCCGACAGACGAGUCAAAGAGCUUCUUCCGGGAGGAGUACAGCACAAACGCCCUGAUCGGCAACUACAAGAUACCCUACAUCGCCAUCAUAGACGGCAUCACCAUGGGCGGCGGCGUGGGUCUGAGUGUGCACGGAAAGUACAGGGUGGCCACCGACAGGACGAUGUUCGCCAUGCCCGAGACGGCCAUUGGCUUGUUUCCCGACGUGGGCGGCUCUUACUUUCUCCCGCGCCUGCAGGGUAAACUAGGACUAUACCUAGGACUGACAGGAUAUCGCCUGCGCGGAGGCGAUGUCUUCUACUCAGGCAUUGCCACGCACUACUGCGAGAGCAGCAAGAUUCCAGAUCUGGAAACGGCCCUGCUUAACUGUCCAGAUGCGGACGAUGUUCCGGAGUUGCUCCAGAAGUUCCAUUCCAAGCCGGAGGCACCAUUCUCACUGCAGCCUGUUCUGGAGCAGAUCAACAAGAACUUUUCGGCGGACUCGGUGGAGGGCAUUCUGGAGAACCUACAGAACGAUGGCAGCGAGUGGGCCAAGAAGACGCUUGAGACCCUCUGCAAGGUAUCGCCUACCUCGAUGAAGGUCACGUUCCGCCAGCUGGAGCUCGGCUCCCAGCUGUCGUUGGCCCAGUGCCUUAUCAUGGAGUAUCGCCUGGCUGUGCGUCAUCUGGAGCGCAGCGACUUUAAGGAGGGAGUGCGUGCCUUGCUCAUCGACAAAGAUCAGAAGCCCCAGUGGCACCCAACCAAGCUGGCCGAUGUCACCGAGGAGCAUGUGCAAUGGUUCUUCCGCAAACUGCCGGAUACCGAGGAACUCAAGCUGUAAUGUUAAACAGGCCUAGUUUUGUUUUUGUUUGAGCCUGAAAUCCUGUUUGUCUUCCGUUAUGACGCUCAUUUCUAUAUACACACUCCUGAACACCUUUGUAUAUACCUUUGCAAGCUUGUCUUACUUUAUGCAUGGUUUUUUGCCUGCCGUUUUGCAAUAUUCGUUACUUUAUCCAAUUUCGUUCUAUGGCCACAGUUUGACGAGCGCUGUUGCUUAAUUAGCCGUAAUCUCUUCUCUGUUUCAUUCCAACAGCGAUUAACUUCGAGGGAAAGUCCCUGCAAUCGCCAGUAUGUACCAAUAACGAUCGUGAAAUUCAAUGCAUUUAAAUAUAUGAAAUACAUAUAUGCCUAUAUAUAUUAUAUACAAUUCGUAGUCCUAAUACAAUCAAAAAUUGUGCCUAAAGAAUCGUAAGAAUUUGUUUAACGAGAAUAAAGUGAAGUGUAUAUGUUUAAUAA